UGGCGCUUCUUCCAUAGGCGGAGUGGUAGUGUGUAGAGAAGAGAGUACUGCGGCAGCCAACAGAGCCGCGGAGGGAGAUCAAAUCCUAAAAAACCGGAGAAGUGUGGCUUCUGAGUUUCACCGGUCUUUUACCGCAACUAUCAGAGAGCAAGAGAAGGACCCGCAUCCUCGCGUGAUGCUCUGCUUGAGACCGCAACAUUUCAUUUGAAAGACGUUUAGGUGGAGGGGGAAAAGACAGUAAUCUUUUUUGGAGGCAAUACCAUUUUGAUAUAAUUCCACCUGAGGGGCUGACACCUCUCAAGCUUUGCAUCACCUGAGGAGAGAAGCCUGACUGCGCCAACAUGGGGUAUGGGCGGUCGGACAGUUACCGCGUUGCUACCACGCAGGAUAAAGAUGGCAAAUCUUCUCCCAGCAAGAAGAACAAGAAGGGGAAGGACAUGGAUGAACUCAAGAAAGAAGUACCGAUUACGGAACACAAGAUGUCCAUAGAGGAGUGCUGCAGGAAGUUCAACACCGACAUUGUCCAGGGUCUGACCAACGCCAAGGCGGCAGAGUUUCUGAUCAGGGACGGUCCCAAUUGCCUCACCCCUCCCCCGACCACCCCCGAGUGGAUCAAGUUCUGUCGCCAGCUAUUCGGUGGCUUCUCCAUCCUGCUGUGGACCGGCGCCAUCCUUUGUUUCCUGGCCUACGCCAUCCAGGCCGCCACCGAGGACGAGCCGGCAGGAGACAAUUUGUACCUGGGUAUCGUGCUCUCUGUUGUCGUCGUGGUCACCGGAUGCUUCUCCUACUUCCAGGAGGCCAAGAGCUCCAAAAUCAUGGAGUCCUUCAAGAACAUGGUGCCCCAGCAAGCGCUGGUGAUCCGUGAGGGCGAGAAGAUGACGAUCAACGCUGAGGAGGUGGUGGCAGGAGACCUGGUGGAGGUGAAGGGAGGAGACAGGAUCCCUGCCGACCUCAGAGUCGUCUCUGCUCAUGGCUGCAAGGUGGAUAACUCCUCCUUGACUGGCGAAUCAGAACCCCAGAGCAGGUCACCUGACUGUACCCAUGACAACCCCCUGGAGACCCGCAAUGUCGCUUUCUUCUCUACCAACUGCGUUGAAGGUACGGCGCGUGGCAUCGUGGUGUGUACCGGCGACCGUACCGUCAUGGGCCGUAUUGCCACUCUCACCUCCGGUCUGGAGUCGGGCAAGACCCCCAUCGCCAAGGAGAUCGAGCACUUCAUCCACCUGAUCACAGGCGUGGCUGUGUUCCUGGGCAUCACCUUCUUCAUCCUGGCCGUCUGCCUGGGAUACACCUGGCUGGAGGCUGUCAUCUUCCUCAUCGGCAUCAUUGUGGCCAAUGUCCCAGAGGGCUUACUGGCUACUGUCACUGUGUGUCUGACUCUGACUGCCAAGCGUAUGGCUAAGAAGAACUGCCUGGUCAAGAAUCUGGAAGCUGUGGAGACCCUAGGCUCCACCUCCACCAUCUGCUCCGACAAGACUGGCACACUGACCCAGAACAGGAUGACUGUGGCCCACAUGUGGUUCGACAACCAGAUCCACGAGGCUGACACCACAGAGGACCAGUCUGGUGCCUCCUUUGACAAGACCUCAGCCUCAUGGGCUGCCUUGGCUCGCGUCGCAGCUCUCUGCAACCGCGCCGUGUUCAAAGCCGGCCAGGACCAACUGCCCAUCCUGAAGAGGGACACCGCUGGUGAUGCCUCCGAGUCUGCCCUGCUCAAGUGUAUCGAGCUGUCCUGUGGCUCUGUCAAACAAAUAAGGGAGAAGAACAAGAAGGUGGCCGAGAUCCCGUUCAACUCCACCAACAAGUACCAGCUCUCAGUUCACGAGACAGAGGAUCCCAAUGACAACCGCUACCUGCUGGUGAUGAAGGGAGCCCCAGAGAGGAUCCUGGACCGCUGCACCACCAUCAUCAUCCAGGGCAAGGAGCAGCCCAUGGACGAGGAGAUGAAGGAAUCCUUCCAGAACGCCUACAUGGAGCUUGGAGGACUGGGAGAGAGAGUACUCGGUUUCUGCCACCUGCUAAUGCCAGAGGACCAGUACCCCAAGGGCUUUGCCUUCGACUGUGAUGACGUUAACUUCACCACAGAGGGCCUGUGCUUCGUGGGCCUCAUGUCCAUGAUUGACCCUCCCCGUGCCGCUGUGCCCGACGCUGUGGGCAAAUGCCGUUCGGCUGGCAUCAAAGUCAUCAUGGUGACAGGUGAUCAUCCAAUCACUGCCAAGGCCAUCGCUAAGGGCGUGGGCAUCAUCUCCGAGGGAAACGAGACAGUGGAGGACAUCGCCUCUCGCCUCAAUAUCCCUGUCAGCCAGGUCAACCCAAGGGAUGCCAAGGCUUGUGUGAUCCAUGGUACAGACCUGAAGGAAUUGUCUCAGGAUCAGAUGGACGACAUCCUUAGAAACCACACUGAGAUUGUGUUUGCCAGGACCUCCCCCCAGCAGAAACUCAUCAUCGUAGAGGGCUGCCAGCGACUGGGUGCCAUUGUGGCUGUGACAGGUGACGGUGUAAAUGACUCUCCUGCCCUGAAGAAGGCUGACAUCGGCGUUGCCAUGGGAAUCUCCGGCUCUGACGUAUCCAAGCAGGCCGCUGACAUGAUCCUGCUGGACGACAACUUUGCCUCCAUCGUCACCGGAGUGGAAGAGGGUCGUCUGAUCUUUGAUAACCUGAAGAAGUCCAUUGCCUACACCCUGACCAGUAACAUCCCUGAGAUCACACCCUUCCUCCUCUUCAUCAUCGUCAACAUCCCCCUACCACUGGGAACCAUCACCAUCCUCUGUAUCGACCUGGGAACUGACAUGGUGCCCGCCAUCUCCCUGGCCUAUGAGGCAGCCGAGAGUGACAUCAUGAAGCGUCAGCCCAGGAACCCCACUAGAGACAAGCUGGUGAACGAGAGGCUCAUCAGCAUCGCCUACGGACAAAUCGGUAUGAUCCAGGCUCUGGGAGGUUUCUUCUCCUACUUUGUGAUCUUGGCUGAGAAUGGCUUCCUACCCUCAAUUCUUGUGGGUAUCAGGCUCAACUGGGACGACCGCGCUUGCAACGACCUGGAAGACAGCUAUGGCCAGCAAUGGACAUAUGAACAGAGGAAGAUCGUGGAGUUCACGUGUCACACGGCCUUCUUCGUCAGUAUCGUGGUGGUACAGUGGGCUGAUGUCAUUGUCUGCAAGACCAGGCGUAACUCUGUCUUCCAGCAGGGCAUGAAGAACAAGAUCCUGAUCUUUGGCCUGUUUGAGGAGACAGCUCUGGCUGCCUUCCUAUCCUACACCCCAGGCAUGGACGUGGCACUCAGGAUGUUCCCCCUAAAGCCCAGCUGGUGGUUCUGUGCGGUCCCCUACAGUGUCCUCAUUUUUGUGUAUGAUGAGAUCCGAAAACUGCUCAUCCGUAGGAACCCAGGAGGUUGGGUGGAAAGGGAGACAUACUAUUGAGCGAUGGAAACCGUCUUUACUCAUACCCCUACAUUUUCCAUUUGUUUCUCCCCCCCUUCAUUCCAUCUCUGGCAAGACACGUCUUCAGAUGCCCCACCCCGUAAAAGACAACGACCGCUUCAAAGCAAUUUUCAUCACAACUGCCCCAAAGAUUAAAAACAGCAAAGCACCUUUACGACUUUCUACAUCAACCCCCCCCCCCUCCUCCUCCUCUCCAUCUCCUAUGAUACUCUUUGCAUGUGUUCUCUCACUGCUGUGUACAUAAACCAAUAUAUCUACCAAACGGCAGCUGCAUAUUGUGUAUGUAGAUUUGAAUGAGCUAUGAUCGUAAAGGGAGUGUCGACGCUCGGCAAAAAAAGGGCCAUACCACUCCCCCCCCCCCCUAAACCUCUGUUCCUCCCUCUCUUCCUCCUCCUGCGACCCUUUGCUUUGUCCUCCGGUCACACACAGACAUACAGAUCACGAGCGAGAUCCCACAGCUGACACCAAUCGAGCCGUCCCCUCUCCUUUCUCCAGGAGGAAGAGCGGAUGUCUUUCUCACUCCGACGAUUUCCUUUUUCUUCAACAGUGUUGUUGUUGUUUUUUUAUAAUAUGGGGUGGGGGUUCAAUGGUUUUACUUGUUUUUUUAUUUAUAUAAAGGGAGGGGAGUGUGUGAGAGCUGCUUUCCCUCAUUUAGGCAUAACAAAGCACACCCCGCCAUGGCGUCCCCGGUCCCCCUUUCUGUCUCUCACACCCUCCUCUCCCCUCUACUCCCUGUUUGUCUACGUUUGUGUGCACUGUGUGAACCAUUGUCCUUGUUAAAUACUACAGUACACAACCCAGUUGGAAAAUACAACUCAAUCUUUCUGUGUGUUCUAGGAAAACUAUAUAAUUCUAUACCGAUUUAAAGAAAUAAAAAAUGAUAUGUUGAAAAUAAAACACCUCAAGAUAUACAUUCAAUGAAAAAGAACAUCGGCGACAUUGUAGAGCGUGUUAUAUGGGAAAAGGAGGAAAGAUCACUCUGUUUCCUGUCUUUGUUUGGUUUCCAAUCUUUUUUCCCGCCGGGUUUUCAGAAAGCCGAUGCAAAAAUGUAACAGCGACAAGGUUGUGUUUUAUUAUGAAAACGUGCGAGACAGAUACUAUGGCGUCCAUAUUCCUGCCACCACUUCUGACGUGCCGGUGCAAUGUGGCGUGAUUAUUUGGUGUGAGAUGAUGAGCCCAUGUUCCUGGAGUCCGGUCCAGUCGAGGUGACACAGUCCAGGUAUUGAGUUCCGUGUGAAGGUCUGCAUUGGAGACCAGCAGAGGAACAGCCAUUUCAGGCUGGGUCUUACUCAGAGGGCUGUAGGGGGUUGAGACCACAGAGGAAGUUAAAAAAAACAGUCGUAGAACAUGUGUGUGAAAGGAAACGAAACCAACACCAAUAAAACAUCUAGAACAUUUAAUACAACCAA